AUGGCACGCAGCCGAUAUAGCAUGGGCAUUGCCCUUUUUGCUUCCUUGGGCACCUUUCUCUACGGGUACGACACGGGAAUCGUGACGACUACCAUUGCCCACAAAAGCUGGGUUGAGUACAUGAACAAUCCAGAUCCCGGUCUCGUUGGUGCUGUCGGCGCCAUCUACACAGCUGGCGAAGCCGUGGGUGCUCUUCUGCAGAUCGCCAUUGCGGACAGGCUUGGCCGAAUCGGCUUCAUGGAGUUGUUGUGCGUGAUUGUCACGAUCGGUUGCAUCAUCCAGACUGCAGCAGUCAACAUCGGGAUGCUUCUUGCAGGGCGGGUUCUGACUGGAAUAGCUGUUGGGGCUCUCUGCGCGACUGUCCCAAUUUACCUCUCCGAGAUCAGCAAUCCCAAGUCACGCGGUUUGAUCGGUGGUCUAUCCGGGGUUGGUCUCUCCAUGGGAAUCAUGGUCUCCAACUGGGUCGGAUACGCUUGCAACUAUGCCCCGUACGGAACCUUACAAUGGCGUCUCCCACUUGGCCUGCAAAUUCCAUGGGGAGUCAUCAUGUUCACAGGUCUUGUAACGUUUAUGCCUAAUUCACCGCGCCACCUGCUUCGCAAGGGUAAAGUCGAAGAGGCACGCAAAGCUUUUAUCAAGAUCCGCAGCGAUCUAGAAUCACGAGAAGCCAUUGAAGAGUUUGGUCUUAUGAAAUCCCAGAUCGAAUUUGAGCACGAGAGACAGAUCCCUUCUUUCGGAGAAGCAUUCAAGCUUUACCGCCACCGUGUCUUGGUGUCCAUUGCAGUCCAAGUCCUGACAGCCGUGACGGGCGUCAAUGUUAUUCAGUACUAUCAAACGAGUCUAUACAAAUCUCUGGGCGUCCAAAGCAAAACAGUACUAGCCUUGACGGCAGUUUGGGGUACAUGUGCAUUUUUGUCGAGCGCCAUCUCCAUUCGAUUCCUCCCAGAUGUCUGGGGACGCCGCAAGAUGCUUCUUCUCGGCGUGGCAUGGACAAUUGGCACCGAGAUCUAUGCCGCUGUGAUGCAGCACGUCUAUCAAAAUACUGAUAACCGCGUCGGUAAGGGAUUCGCGAUCCUCGGCAUCUACGUCUUUACCGUCGGAUACUACAGCUUGAUCAAUCCGGUCACAUGGCUCUAUGGAGCAGAGGUACUGCCCGUGGCUCUGCGCAAUAAGAUCAUGGGCGUAGCAGCUUUUGCUCAUUACUCUGUCAACGUGGCCUUGACCGAGGCUGGACCCAGCGCAUUCAAGAACAUCAAAGAGAACUACUACUAUGUGUUUGUCGGGUGCUGCUCCGUGUAUCUCGUGCUCAUCUACCUCUAUUUCCCGGAGACCAAGCAGAAGACUCUCGAAGAGAUCGCAGCGGCUUUUGGAGAUCAUGUCGUAGAGGUCGAAGAACAUGCUAUUCAGUCGGAAAAGGUGGUGUUUGAUACCAAGGUCGGAGGCAGUGCUCGUACUGCGCACGUAGAGGAUACCGCAUAG